UACUACACGGAUUACCUGCGAUGAAUAAAGGGGUAGCACUGGUUGCUCUGAAAAAACUCCAAUACUAAAGUCAUAAAUAUAAUAUGAGGGUAAACAUAUGUAGAAGAUGAAGAAAAGUUAAGAAUUUGUUACCUAAUGUAAACUAUUUAUAGAGGUUAUUUCCUUUGAGUAAUAAGAGUCUAAUUAGUCUUGUGAAGUUUUUUCCUUUUGGAAGUCGGAGUCUCUCUCCUAUUAGGAACCUGAAUAUCUUUUCUUUUAGGAGUCUGAGUUUAUCUCUUGUUAAAAGUGUGAAUCCAUCUCCUGCUAGAAGUGUGAGUAAUCUCCCACCUAGGAGUCUAAUUCCCUUCUUGACUUUAUCUCUUGGAUAAAAUUGUGAAGCUCAAACAUCCCUUCCAAUUACCCUGCUAAUUUUCUUUGAGAUCAUCACGUGGAAAAUUAAAUAUACCAUGUUUCUUUCCACCCCGCUAGUUGUUGGUGCCAAGACUUGUGGCGAAGUCAUGAUUGCCAUGGUAGGAGGCCUUGGUUGACAUGGAGCUUCGCAGCAUAAAGCGUUUGUCGCCAUUAUGGAAGCUGGCGAGGAGUCGCUACCAUGAGAGUUGCGAGGAGAGUUGAUCACCAUUGUGGCGAGGGGCCUUGUCAAAUCAAUCCUGUAUGCUGCUUCCUUUUUUUUUUAUUGGGAUUUGUUUGCUGCUGAAAUUUUUUUUGCCUAAAGAAACUGUUUAUCCUUGAGUGUUUUUGUAACAGUAUUUUUGCACGGUUGAGAUUGCUAAAUACUUGCUUGCCCAAAGCUGUUCGUAGUGUUGCUCGCCUAGAAGAGUUUGUCCUUUUGCUCGCCUAGAAGCAUUUGUCCUCUUGCUCGCCUAUAUGUGUUUGUAUAGUUGCCCACUUAGAGGCGUCUAUAUUCUUGCUCGCCGAUAGGUAUUUGCGUUGUUGCUCACCUAAAGGUGUUUGUUUACUAAAAACAAAAUAGGUUAGUAUAAUAAAAAUUACAAAGUUGAGUUUUAAAUACGUGAGCCUUGCUUUGGCGGCGAUGGGCUUCCUGGCCAGAAGACUAACUUGGGCGUCAAGGAGUUUCCUUUUUACAUGGUACUGUGAGACUGAUAGCUCGUCAUUGGUGUUUAAUGGUUGAGCGCUCCCUGGCCGUUCCCUUUUUGCAUGGCACCGCGAGCCUAAUAGCUCGCCAUUGGUGUUUAAUGGUUGGGCAGUCCCUAAUCUUUCCCUUUUUGUACGGCACCGUGAGCCUGAUAGCUCUUCAUUGGUGUUUAAUGGUUGGGCAGUCCCUGACUUUUCCCUUUUUGCACGGCAUCGCGAGCCUGAUAGCUUGUCAUUGGUGUUUAAUGGUUAGGCGGUCCUUGACCUUUCCCUUUUUGUAAGGCACCGCGAGCCUGAUAGCUCGUAAUUGGUGUUUAAUGAUUGUGCGGUCCUUGACUUUCCCACCUUUUUACAUGGCACCACAAGUGUGAUAGCUCAUCAUUGGUGUUUAAGAAUGGCAUGGUCUACUGACUUCCGGGCCCUUUUUUACAUGGCACCACAAGUGUGAUAACUCGUCAUUGGUGUUUAAUGAUCGGGUGGUUCCUGACCUUUCUCGCCUUUUUACAGGGCAUUGCGAGACUAAUUGCUCGUCAUUAGUGUUUAAGGGUCGUUUGGUCUACUGAAAUCCGCGCCCUUUUCACGUGGCACCCUGAGUGUGAUAACUCGUCAUUGGUGUUUAAUGGUCGGGCGGUUCCUAACCUAUUACGAGGCUGAUUACUCAUCAUUAGUGUUUAAGGGUCGGGCAGUCCCUGACCUUUCCCACCUUUUUACAUGGCACCGCGAGUGUGAUAACUUGUCAUUGUUGUUUAAGGUUAGUGUGGUCUACUGACCUCCAUGCCCUUUUUUACAUGGUACCGCGAGUAUGAUAACUUGUCAUUGAUGUUUAAUGGUCAGGCAAUCUCUAACCUUUCCCGCCUUUUUAAAUGGUGUAGACCUUGAUCGCCAUCAGAUGUUCCAGAAAUAUGCAAAAAGAGUCUCAGCACUAAAACAAUAAAUCAUAUAGAAAAUAAAAAGUUUGCUAUCAUGGGUAGGGUUUCUCCAAGUGCUCUGUAUUCCCAGGACGAGAAGGCUGCUCACCAUAUGUUUCUCCUAUCCAGUCGUCGGUCGGGAAACUUCAUCUGAUUUCACCUCAGGAUGCCCUGUCCCUAUCAUCAUUUGAAGGUGUUCCAUCUCUGUUGCUACAAUGAGAAUCUUGCCACCUAUCUGGGUUGUCCUCUCUUUGCUGGUUGUGUUCUCAUUUGUACUGUCGCUUAGGCUUCGAGCGUUCUGCAAUCAUUCACUCUAAUUCUCUUGUGCCCGCCAGUUCAAUGACCAUUUUCUUCAUGGUCAUGCAGUCUUUUGUCCAAUGCGAAAUAGUCUAAUGGUAUCUGCAAUAAUGAUUGCCUACUCUAGACUGGCGGUACUCUCUGUCCAGAUCCUCCCUUUCUUGUACAUUUAGAUUAUUGUAAAUCAAUAUUUUGUUGUGCUCUAGUCACCUUUCUUGCCUUCUGUCCCGAUGACCCAAUGUAAGUUUCUUGUCACCUGGAUUGGUUUUACAUUUUGCCCUUUGCUCAUCUCUUCUAGGGUCUACAAGGGCUUGUAGUGUAUAGUCAAUAUUUACAAAGUCAUCUGCCCUGUCCAUGAACUCCCUCAGCAUAGAUAGGGUCCUCCUGACUAGCUCUACCAUAAAAGGACUGCGUGGCCAAAUUCCACCCAAGAGAGCUGCCAGAGUGAUCUUCUCGUCUUGAUCUUCAGUUGUCAAUCUAUCUUCAUUAAAAUGAGUGAGGUAUGUCUUCAGAUUCUUCUCUUUUCUCUGCUUAACUGUCAAAAGGUAUGCCGCUAGGCACCUUUGCCUUCUACUUGGCAUAAAUUGUGUUAAGAACUGCUUGGCUAGGUCCUCGAAGCUGUUGAUUGAUCAUGGUGGGAGAGUUCCAAAUCACACCGUUCCCUUUAGUGUCAAGGGAAAAGCUCGGCAGGUGAUUUCUCCAAGGAAGCCGUGGAGUGUGAUAUGCACCUUAAAGUUCUCCAAGUGUUCCACCAGGUCGUUGGACCCAUCGUAUAUGUCAAUCUAGGAAACCUUGAAUUUAGGCGGGAGGGGCACUGCCAUAACUUUGUCACUGUAGGGGAGGUCUAUACGGUUCAACAGUUGUUCUAUCGAGAAACAUCCUCCCAUCUUCCUCGCCAUCUCUUCAUAUUUGUCAACAAGACUUUUUAGCUCCCCGUGCAAUUUCUUCUUUUCCAGUUCCUCAGUAUUGACCCCGCCCGCACUAUGGGCAUCCUCUUCUGUUUGUCCAUCAACUAGCAGCAUAGCAACAUGCUUUCGUCUUAACUCCUCAUUUUUUUCUGCAGUUGCUCUACUAGAUCUAUCCCAUUCUUCAGUUUUUCUUCUAUAUCUGCCCUCCUCUCCUCCAUCUCUAUUGUGUUUGCUUAUCGAUCUCUGGUUGCUUGUGAUCGCAUAACUGUAGUGAAAAGCACUCUAGUCACAGAAAAUAUAGAUCCCACAGAUGGCGCCACUGUUAAGGAUGUGUUUCACCGCCACCUACCACCCGGUCACCUGCUACAAAUAAAGGGACUGCACUGGUUGUCUUGAGGAAACUCCAAUGCCGAAGUCAUAAAUAUAAUAUGAGGGUAAACGUAUAUUGAAGAUGAAACAAAGUUAAGAAUUUGUUAGCUCUUGUAAGCUAUUUACAGAGGUUAUUUGCUUGGAGUAAUAUGAGUCUAAUUAGCCUUGUGAAGUCUUUUCCUUUUAGAAGUUGGGGUCUCUUUCUUAUUAGGAACCUGAAUCUCUUUCCUCUUAGGAGUCCGAGUUUAUCUCCUGUUAAGAGUGUGAAUCCAUCUCCUGCUAGAAGUGUGAGUCAUCUCUCUCCUUGGAGUCUGAUUCCUUGCUUGAUCUUAUCUCUUAACUAAAUUUGUGAGGGCUCAAACAUCCCUUCCAUCAUCUAUCUUUCAGAUGCGGAUAUGAUUCAUAUUCUUUUUCCGCAUGCAUGCACGUUAGAAAAGGGGAUCUUUGACUGCUUCAAAUCACAAACUUAACGUCUUUUGCAAUAUUCGACUGCCAAUCAUGUAUAUAAUAUAUAUGCUUUUAUAUAUGUUGAUUAGGCAGAUUGAGAUUGCAUGUCAAUCUGUUAAAAAGCUAGCUAUUGUUAGCGUGUCAAUGUGGCUAGAUAUAUUAUAUAUAGCAAGAUUCUUGAUAAUAUAUACGUGAAACUUUAUAUAUUUUAAGAUGCUACAAAUAAAAUAUGUUGCUGUUCAUGGGUCUUAGUUCAAAACCCUAGCCGAACUCGCUUCUAAUUGAUGAUCACAGAAGAUCAGAUAAACUAGUCCAUCAUCAUCCAUGCAUUAAGGAAAAAGGCCGAAUGUGAUUCUCCACCUUUUCCCCUAACCCUAAGUGGACGGAUCAUGCCGCCAAGAUACUGCUAAAAAAAAAAGGGAUUCGACUGGCUGUUAGGCUGUAUUUAAUUAGCUACGUACAAGAUCAUCGAUAUCGAUCCUAGGUAGCUUGUCAGUAAUUAAAUUGGGUAUAGCAAGCAAGCUAGAAUAGCUGUGCGCAUGCAAGUCCAAAUAAUAAUGGCAGGUAGAAGAUCAAGAGUAGAAAAGUGUAAUUUGUGUGGAACUCAACAAUGGGUGCCGUACGAGACUCAAAUCUUUAAGUGUGGAAAGUGCCGAGCCAUCAUUCAGCUUCCAAAAAACGAUAAGGACCAUUGGCUUAAAGUCCAUGACUCAGUUUACCCCGGACUUCGGUUCAGAAAUGUCGUGGAAACAGCGAUCAGUGCAGGGAGGAAGCGAGCAGUGCUAUGUGGAGUGACAUAUAAAAACAGCAAAUGGCAGCUCAAAGGAAGUGUGAAUGAUGUGAAGUGCAUGCAAUACUUACUGGCUGAGAAGUUUAGUUUCCCCAAGGAUUCCAUACUCAUCCUCACAGAGGAAGAGAAGGACCCAGUUAGGAUCCCAACGAUAAAAAACAUCCGAAUGGCCAUGAGAUGGUUGGUCGAGGGGGUUCAGAGAGGUGACUCGUUGGUGUUCUACUUCUCUGGCCAUGGCUCAAAUGUGCCUGACUUUUGCAAUGAUGAGGUAGACGGGUUUAACGAAACAUUGUGUCCUGUUGAUUACCGAACCGCUGGGAUGAUUAUUGAUGAUGAAAUCAAUGCCACCAUCGUUCGGCCACUACCCAAAGGUGCCUACCUUCACGCCAUUGUGGAUGCCUGCCACAGUGGCACUAUACUUGACCUACAACAUGUGUACAGGCCGUCACAAGAUAGCAGCAGGGAAGGAAGAGACGGGGAAUGGGAAUAUCAAGAAUGUAGGUCAGGUGUAUAUAAAGGCACCAGCGGUGGGCUGGCUAUCUCCAUCAGUGCCUGUGGUGAUUCGCAGACCUCUGUGGACACGACUGCUUUCACAGGGAACGUUCCGACAGGUGCCUUGACUUAUAGCCUCAUCCAAGCCGUUGAAAAAGAAUCCAGAAUAACCUAUGGUCGCUUGAUUCAUUCCAUGCGCAAUGCAAUUCGUGAGGCUAGAAAGGGAAUGCAUCAAAAUGCAGGCUCAACAAUUUCACCUUUCGUCAAUAAAUUACGCCCUCCGUUUUCACAGGAACCCCAGUUGUCGUCAUCAGAGAGGUUUGACGUUUCUAAGAAGGAGUUUGUACUAUAAUAUCAUUACUCUACUAUGAUAUAAAAGUCAUGACAUAUUAUUUCACAAUAUGUGUUUGUGAAAUAUAUUGUAAAAUGUACUAAUUAAUAUUGCCCCUAACUUCUCGCUGAAAA